ACAUCAACAUGAACUUUUGAAUGGUUUUGACCAUAACGGAAUGUGUAGUCACAUCGAUGUUUGCCAGUUCGCCGGUGAUCGAGAUCGGUUGAUACGUGGCACUUUACUAGAAGCAUUACUUCACAAGUUCGAUUUUACAGACGAUAUUACUCAGAAUCCUUUACAAUUGAACGUAGCUGACCACCUGCCUGUUUCUUUGCAUUGCGCAUUACACUCUCAUGUUGGAAAGGAAUCUAACUUAGCAUCAACAGUAUCCCGUAAUAACUCACGAAGAAAUUGGCCGCUGCCGAAUGGUUGUAUAUUGCAACGUAUUCUUUCUGUUCAACUGUUGAAUGCUACCGAUAUUGGUUUUAUCAUCCCACAUUACGAACGUGUAUGUUCCUUUUUAACAUCCCAUGGAUGGACGUGGGACAUGUGGCUUAAACUGGAGAGAGAAGGGGAAGCGUCAAAAUAUCUUGAAACAAGAGAAAUAGCAGAAAGUUUUGAUGUAGUUGAAAAGUAUCUAAUUUCUUUAGUUGCUCGUGACUGUUCAAUUAUGAUUACCGUCCAACGUGCAAGACCAGACUGUCCAUCAACAUUUCCUGUUAUCUCGGGUGGCUGUUCUUGUGUUCCUAAGAUGUUAAUCAGUUGUGUCAUUAUCGACCUAGAUCCUAAGCCUCUCAUAAAAUUGAGUGAUCGACUGGCUGUGGAAACAUCCGUUGCGAUUGAAGCGUUCAAUCUUCAACACAAAAUACUUUCACCAGAAGGGCUUUCGUGAAUAUAUAUACUCCUCAGAUUCCUAUUUAUUCUCAUAUUGAUGUAUUUCGUGUAUCAUUUCACUCUCUAUGGCAUUUGUUUUACUUUCAGACAAGCACAGACUUAUCUACCUAAUGGCCACUUUUUACUUUACCAGUAGUACAUGUCCUGUCCACAUUUCAACUGUAAUUUUCCUUAAGAUUAUCAGUGUAAAAGAUCAUUUUUUUUAUUUCCUAUGAACGAUUUUUGAAUAAACACAGCUAGCUGUUUUCUUUAUUUUUAUUAAACCUAAAUAUUUUUAUUCUCUAAGAUUAUAAACGUACAUGGUUUUGAAAUGCACCAUUUUACUGUAAACUUUUAUGGGAUUAAUUCGACUGACGAAACCAUAAUGUUUCUGUUUCUCUAUCUACUACAAUUUUCUGUCAGUUCACACAACACAACGUGCUUCCACUUUAGUAUACAGUUCAUCACUUCACAAUGUAACUGACUGUGCUGUAUAUUGUUUAAGAGUAUCUGUUUAACUUUAUGUCUGUCUCAGUAUGAACUACUCCAAAUUUGUCUUCCCUCUUUUCUUACCUUAAAAAAGUCUUAGCAGCUGUCUGUAGUCUUUAAAAAUAUUUUUAUGCAUAUAGUAUGAUGUAGUUGAACCUUGAAAAGGCUGCUCUGCAGAACGAUGUGUCACAUACUGUCGUAGUCAUUCUUUUUUUAUAUCUUUGUUAACAAUCCCCCUAGUGUUAUUUGCACACACAUAGACUAGCUUUUGCUAAAAUAUUUCGCAUGAGAUAUUAACUGUAUGUGAUUGGAAUGUUAUUUGGUUGAAGUAACUAACCUGAAGAAACAGUUGGUCUUAUUUACUGACAUUCGUAAAUGAUAGUGG